ACAGGAUAUAUGGCUUCCAGUUUGCAUAAAGUCGUUUGCAUAAAGACGUUCCUUGAUGGCCGUCUUGGUAUCCGCUUGCGGGGAGGAUAUACACAGCUGUGACAAUAACCGAGGAGAGUUCUCUUGGGAGAUAAUAUGGUCUGCAUUUGAUUGUGAGGAAUUAUAGAUCAGGUGAACAAAAGGACUUGAGUUCCUUUAUGUUGUUACAAUUACACCAUGAGUCGUUAGUCAUGAAACAUACACCCUAAGUCCUUCUGCUUACCGGAGAGAUGUUUAUUCCUGUCGGCGCGAUGCACUGAAAAUCCUGUUGUCUGUACUGACUCCGACAGCAUGUCCCAAGCUAGCCAUGUUUCCGUGAAACAGAGUAUGUUACAAUCCCGGAUAUCUCUUUGAAAAGAAACUCUUGCCCUGAUUUCAUCGACUUUGUUAACUAGGGACUGGACAUUAGCGGGUAAUAUACUCGGAUGCGGUGGGUGGUGUGCGCGUAUCUAAGCCUCACUAGAAGACUGCUCCAGCACACUCUCCUCCGAUGGCGUUGUUUUGGGUCGCCCUCUGGAAUCAGUUCAAAUGCCCUGGGAGGUGCAGACAAAGGAUCCGCUUUAGGAAAGUUGUAUUCCUGGUCGUAAUGCUGGUUGUGCUGGUAAGUUGACAUCUCUCUGAUAUCCAUUAGUUGUUCCCGGCUGUAUGUAAUAACACUUAAGGUUUUCUGGGCUAACAAUGUAAGAAGUAAUACAUUAAAAAAACAAAAUACUGCAAAGUUUCCUACGGACUAGAAGCGAAUCUGCCAUCUCUGUCGGCCCCAUCGAGCUUGAGCAGGUGUUGUUCAGAAAGAGCAGGUGUUGUUCAGAAAGAGCCGAGGUAAGAACACAAAUUGUCAAUAAGGAGUUCUAGCUGGUGAAAAUGAGAGUAUGGUGUUUUCUCUGGGUCUGUUCCAGUCCAUGUAAAGGAAGCCUCUCCACCAUCAUAGUAGACCUGAUGGGAAGAGACGUGUCCUGCAAAGACCUCAACCCCCUGGUCAGAAACCCAGCCCUCUAACCGUCGCAAUAAUGUGUAUGAGUUCAUUAACGUGGGGACGUGUUAGCCUUUUCUGUAUAUACCCCAUGGGGACAAGCUAUCUCUCUCCAGUGUGGAGUUACAUACUAUUGUAUUCACUUUUCCCCGUUUUUAGAAAGCUCACAUUCACUGGAUGCCCUCCUGGAAAGCAUGCCGGAAUGUUGAGUUGUUGUUUUUUGCCACAGGAACAUAACCACUUGCACAAAGGGCACGUUCACUCGAGUGCAGCUUCAGGACAACUUCUCUUACGUCAUCCUCAAAAGUAUGUGUUCUUAGUGGAGGAGGUUCUGUUCCGGCCUAGCUCUGCCUCCAGUGACCUGCAUAUCUCCUACUACAGCAUUACACACUACUUCUGCCCCCUGCUGGUCUACCACGGUACCCCCUGGAUACCCUCCAUGGAGCUCUGGAACGGUAAUGAGCUGGUGGAGCAGGCGAGUGGCGACUUUGUGAUGUUUGAGGUGAACGGCAUGCAUAACUACCAGUACCAUCAGUCGGGCCAGGAGGCCAAGUGUGUCUCCCAGCCCAAGAACUGGACCUCUCUGCUGAGCCAGCAGCAAAAUAAACCAAACCCCAACACAGCCCAGACCAGGAAUAUACGUACCGCUACUAUACGCUGACCACUACAUUCAGUGUGCACGGGGCAUUCCUUCCUCGCCCUCUGCCAUCUGGUGUGGCACUGGGCAUCUUCCCGGGCCAUCUUUGUGGUCCUGCUGCUCAUCGGCUUUCUCCUCAGCCAGCGCGCUCACCAUAAAAAAAUAGGAUGGACACACACUUUACACACAAAGCGCAACACAUUCAGAUGUUUUUUUGUUGUCAAACACACGCACUCCCAAUACAUCCCAAAACAGGGGAAAACACACAUGUCCUCUGAGCAGCGUGAAAUAAAUGGGAUGAGCUGUUCAGCAUGAACUCUGUCAGUAACUGAUCCCCGCCUUUUUUUGUCUUGUCUUUGAUUGAUUUAGAAACUGUUUUUUCAGUUUUAGGAACACAGUUAGUUGAUCUGAAAUCUGUUGAUAUUGGAAAUGAUACAUUUGCAUAAAGCUUUUUUAAUGCUGUCCGUGUAUGUUUUGCUUGAUGAACAUGUUUUGAGAAAUAAAGAGCUUAUAGCAAAAUCAUUUCUUCAUAACGGCAGUUUUUGUUUCACACUUCAAUCAGAUGGAAGCUCUGUCGACGCAAGACACUGUAAAUGUAUGGAUAGUUAUUCAUUGUAGCGCUUUUAUGUACACAUACUUCAUUGCGCAUCAGUCCCCUUUAACACGGUGCUGGCACAAGUCAACAGUCUUUAAUGUCACCCGUUGUGUUGACACAAUCCUACGGCUUGUUUCACAAGGUUAAGAAAAACACCAUGGCACGCACCUUUACAGUUGUAAGAAGAUGGCGUAGGUUUAUGUUGCUGUUAAAGGGAUAGCUCACCCACAUUACAAAAUAACACAUUGGUUUCCUUACCCAGUAAAGCAGUCUAUGGUAUAACAGCAAUCUGUGCUUUGGUUUUAUUCCCCCUUGGAAAUGGUUUCCAAAUGCUAAAGGUUUCAGCAUUUGUAGAACAAAUCACAUCCUAGGCCUCGUACCGAUGUUAGCAUUUUUCGACAUGUUCAAAUCACGAGAAAGUAUCUCAAAUUGAUUGUGAAGCUCAACAAAGUCACGUAUACAUGACUUGAA